UGAGGCCCGUGAAUUACGACGUGACGACAGGACGCUGCCUCCGCGAGACGCGUCCCGUGCGGAUACGGGCCGCCCGCCGCCCGCCCAGGCCCUAGCAACGUGGGGGCGGGUCAGCCUCCGCCGGCAGCUUCUCAGGGGCCCGCCUCAGCGCCGGAAGCCGCCAUGCCUGAGGGCAAGUCCGUCUUCCGGGAGGUGCUGCCCAAGCAAGGGCAGUUGUCAGUGGAGGAUGUGGCUACCAUGGUGUUAUGUAAGCCAAAACUGUUGCCUUUAAAAUCUGUUACCCUAGAAAAGCUAGAGAAAAUGCAGCGAGCAGCACAGGAGACAAUUCGCCAGCAAGAAGUGGCACAGAAGGAGCAGCAGCAACAAAGCGAGCAAUAGUGUGCAUGAUGGCUCACCCCCUUUAAGAAAUAUUUCACCUAAAUAUUGUACCUUAGUUUGUGUAUAUUAAUCUAGCGAUGUUUGCUGUACAGUUAUUAAAAGAGUUCAGGAAUGGUAGAAGUCCAUACUAAACUUUCUUAGCUCAUGUCUUAUAUUGUACAUAUUAUAAAUGUCUGUAGAGUUUGCUUAAGAGGAGUUUGUUAUUAUGCUUACUACCUUCUCUGUAGUUGGGGCUUUCAGCUUCUCAGUUUUUUUUUUAAGUGUCAUAAUUGUGCUGGCUUUAAAAAAAAAAAAAAAAAAGCCCCAUGAAGAGUCUGUCCCCCUCAACUUAAUCUUUUUUUUCCCCCUCUGUAAACUAUUUACUGUAGUUCAUUACUUGAGGCUGGAGAUGUAUAGUUAACACUUCUGAAAUGUUACAAAUCUUGCCUGGCUGUUCUGGUCUAGGUAUUAUAUUAGAGCAGCAGCUCUGCUAGAGGUUAAAGCAUUGUUUACUGUUUAAAGCAUUACAUAAGUGCUCUACAAUCCA